UCUUCCUUUCUCACUGACAUCAUGGAGGCCCAUCGCUGUGGGUUUGCUAGACACCUUCAUUAUCACCAUCUGUGUGUUCAUCUCCAGUAUCCUCCAUGCUGUGUUGAGAACGCUAAUAAUUGCGUCUAAGCUGCCAGCUGGACUGGCGGUGCGAGUACUUGGCUGAGGUCCUUCUGUCAGGACAGCCAUGGAGGAGCUGAGUCCCAGACAGCUGGCUAACCGACAGUUGAAGCAGCGGUUCCUGGAGGCCCUGAAGGCCAAUGAUGCCCAGGAGGUCCUCCGGAUUCUGCUCACCACCGACCUCGACGUUGACACGGUGCUGGAGGUGGAUGACCCGAGCAUGGUGCUGGCUUCAUACAAACAAGGGUAUUGGCUCCCAGGUUACAAACUGGAGAAGUCCUGGGCAAUGGGCAUCCAUGUCUGCAUGAUGUACAACGCUUUUGAAACAGCACUGGUGCUCCUGGAGGAAGGAGCAGCCAUCAACCGCAUGCCCAACGGGAAGACGCCGCUGCACGUGGCUUGCGAGGUCUCCAACAGCGAUUGCGUGGCCUUACUUUUGUCACACGGGUCCAAGAUCAAUAGCCUGUCUUUGAGUGGGCACACACCGCUGCACUACUGCAUCACCAGGGAGUCCGUAGACUGCGCCAAGCAACUUAUCCUCAAAGGUGCGAAGGUGAACAUGCCCAGCCAGAACAACAACGAGGACACUCCCUUACACACAGCAGCCAGAUUCGGCGUUCCAGAGCUGGUGGCUCUGUACUUGGCCCACGGAGCUUCUGUGGAUGCUCUCAACUCUUUCCAGGAGUCACCCCUGUUGACGGCGGCCUUCUGGGCUUUUGAUACCAAAGAUCAAACCUACAAUCAAGAUCACCAUCUUGUCUGUCGCAUCCUGCUGGACUACAAAGCAGACCCCAACCUCCAGGAAGAAGACCAUAAAACCGCUCUUCACAAAGCAGCCUGGAACUGUGAUCACGUCCUGAUGCAGAUGCUGCUGGAGGCCGGCGCGGACACGCGCCUCAUGGACAUCAACGGUUGCGCGCCCAUUCAGUAUCUGAUCAAAGUGACUGAUGUCAGGCCGAUGGCUGCGCAUGAGAUCUGCUAUCAGCUGCUGCUCAACUUUAACGCAGCACGGGUCUACCCGCCGCAGUUCCACAAGGUCCUACAGUCCUGCCACAGCUUCCCCGGAGUAAUAGAAAUUAUGGUCAACUCUUACGAACACAUACAAGCGACGAAGAAGUGGAGAGCCGCCAUUCCUGAUGACUGCUACGAGCGUCACAAAGAAUUCUACGACUCUUUGUUUGCCGUUUGUACCAACAGCCCUCGCACCCUGCUGCACCUGUCCAGGUGUGCCGUCCGGGCCCACCUGGGACAGUUCUGCCGCAGUAAUGGGUUCUGCCACGGUGUUGUGCCACAGCUGCCUCUGCCACCUGCCAUGAAGAAAUAUUUAUUACUGGAACCUGAGGGGGUUGUGUACUGACGGAGAGCUCACCGGGACUUACAGACUGUCAGGUGCAGUCUGUGGUGAGUCUUACAGAGGAGUCGUGCCGUGUCUCUGCAGACCGAGGGUCAGUGUUGAUGUCAGGUCAAUGAUACACCUGCUGUGUACAGUCCCCUCGUUGUUUUGGCUCUACCCGGUGUUUGUGCAGCAGCUCUAAUGCCUCCCUUGUUUCUCAGCUUCAAAAUGGCUUUUCUUCCAUAACCGGCUUCACGUUGGUUUAUCCUUUUAAACAUCACUUGCAGUGUUCAAGGAUGAAACUCAAGGCCAAAACCAAGAGUAGACACGCAGAGCUUUUUACUGUUCCCAAAAUUAACUGAGCAGGACACAUGAGGGGAAGAACAAACGUGACAGUCAUAUGUUCCAGUAUUUUUGCUAU